AUGUCGACUCCGGAAGCUGUUCACACCACCUUGGAUGUCACAUUCAAAGGCAUUGCACGAGAUUAUGAACGUGUACCUCUUCACCAAUUUUUGGGGAUCAAGUAUGCAAGCAUACCUGCGCGCUUUGGGAAAGCAGUGCCAGUAAAAUACUCUGCGGGGACUGUGGUGGAUGCUUCAAAAUAUGGCCCUCGCUGCCCACAAGUUGAUGUUGAUAUUCGCCAUCUUCUUCGAAUUCCAGAGGAUUUUACGAUUGCACCCGAGCUAGAAGAUGAAUUCGAAUGUUUGAAUCUUGAAAUCACUUGUCCUCCGGUCUCAUCCACAUCUCGUUCCCUCCCGGUCCUUGUCUGGAUUCAUGGUGGCUCUCAGGUCGUGACGUUUUGCUCCGCGGCCUCUCAACCUUUUAUCUUUGUGUCUAUGAAUUAUCGACUGAAUAUCUUUGGUUUCGGCAAUGGUAAAGAGAAGAAUCUUGCGUUGGGUGAUCAGCGGAUCGCCAUCGAUUGGAUACGCAGGAAUGUUGGGCUUUUUGGGGGUGAUCCGGAAAACAUAACACUUUCCGGUGAGAGUGCUGGAGCUGUCUAUACCCAUGCCCAUCUUAUCACUGGCCCACCAGUCAAGCGGGAAUCGAAGGUUCAGGAGCUAGCACGGUCUUCUUUGAAGUCCUGCUCUGUUCCUGUGUUGAUUCAAGCCUUGAAGGAAUGCAAUGUGAACACUAUGUGGAUUCAAGCAGACGCCGAUCUAGAAGACUGGGAAAAUAGACCAGAACAAGUGGAUGAGCUCAUGAUUGGCGAUACAGAAUAUGAAUCGGUCAUUUGGCGCAACGGAAUCGAACUUUUGGACGGUAAGACUAUUGCUGCUGCAUUUAAGCAGAACGGACAAUGGGGGGAGAGGCUACGCAAACUGUACCACGUGGUAGCAGAUCGACCUACUGCCGCUAAAUUGGGUGCCUUGGAUAUUGUCAAUGAUGCACGAUUCACACUCCCAGUCGAAAUAGUAUCGCAAAAGCUGCGGGCGGCUGGUAAGCCAGUUUACAACUACGUGGUCGACCAAGCCAAUCCUUGGCAAUCGUCUAGUCGUGCACACCAUGCCGUGGAUUUGCUCCUCCUGUUUGGCGGAGUCGACUUAGAAUUCAAUCCUGCCGCAAAUAAAGUUAGUCAAGAGAUGCGACAGCGGUGGAUUGCCUUCGUAUCUGGCGAUCCGCCUUGGGCUGGUGAUCGACGAUUUGGAUACGGACCGUUGGGCGAGUGCACGGAGAUCAGCGAGGAGCAAUUCUCUACUCGCCGAAGAUCUAAGCAUUGUGAGCUUCUCCGCGAUGCGGGAAUGGAAGUUUAUAUGCCCAUUCUGGCUUCAUUGACUGCUGGUCGAAUCAGCCUCUUAAAUUAG